GCGUAUGCAGAUGAUAUCUGCUAGCUGACAUAUUGGGAGUGCCUCUUCGACGUUAACGCAAUUUAAGACUUUACCAUGCGCGCGAAAAUGUGCUCCCGUCAUUGCUGCUACCCUGAUGAUAAUCAUAACAUGGGGUGAGCAUAAGUGAUGGUAAACGAAACACGGGACUACUUCAUACCUGUCCCUAAGUUAAGGAUACGUUACUGACAGAUCACAUGUACGUUUGGAUACUAUUUUUAAUGUGUGACUAUUAGGGCGCUGCUAUCGUUGGUCAAUGCGUGCCUAAUUGCCUCUAUGUACGUGUGUGUGUAAUCCUAUUUUUCUUUUUCAACAUCCUGUGACUCAAAAUGAAGCUAACGCCAGCAACGAUCAUAAGCGUAGUUUUCGCCGUUGCAUUCGUUUGCGAAAAGGCGGAUGCCCGAUUGUUUUGUCCACUUCGAUGCCGCUGCAACGAUGCCGAACUGACCGUGAACUGUCAGGAUGCAGCGCUAGACGUAUUCCCGCUUACGUUGCAUCCAAUGCUGAAGGAGAUUCGCCUGUCACGGAACAGCAUCGCGAAUAUCUUGUCGGCAUUUGGCGUCUACUCCGAGCUUGAAGUUCUCGAUCUCAGCACUAACCGAAUCUCGAAUCUGGGUGAGAGAAAUUUCGCGCUAGUGAAUCUUCGGGAACUGGAUCUAAGCUGCAACUUCAUCAAGGAGUUGUCGGUCGAUACGUUCCACGGUGCUGAGAGUCUGCAAAUACUCGUGCUCAAAAAGAACUCUCUCACGGAACUUCCUGCCAAUGUGUUCCAUGGACUACGCAGCCUUGAGAUUGUUGACCUCUCGAACAAUCAUAUUUCGACCAUCAGUCCGGCAGCUUUCGCUGGUCUAGAUAAAAUCAAGCGUCUCGUGCUGCGCGCUAAUCACUUCCGAUCUGUUCCCACAGAAUCGUUUAUCUAUCUCAGCAGUCUGCGGAGUCUGGAUCUGGGCUCAAAUGCGCUGUCUAUGCUAGACCAGGCAGCCUUCUACCAUCUGCAAAACCUUGAAGAACUCGAGCUGGACAAGUGCGGCAUCGCUCAAGUGGAUCCUGGAACUUUCAUGGAGCUCAAUAGGCUAAAAUCGCUUAACCUGCAGUACAACAAUAUCCAGAGCUUCCCCGCAGCAGUUAGUUCGAUUGAGAAGCUUCAAGAAUUGAAUAUUGGCGGAAAUCUCAUCGCCAGACUGAGUUCGAAGGACCUGAGACAGUCAUACCGACUGAAAAAGAUCACCAUCAGUCACUCCGAGAUGCUAGAACGAAUCGACGAGGAUGCAUUUGCAGCCAACCUCGAUCUUGAAGAGGUCAUCUUUGAGUUCAACAUGCAGCUCGAACGAAUUCCUACGAAUCUGUUCGGCCGCCUGCCUAAUCUUCGGCGGGUCAGUUUGCGUGGCAACAGCAUCCGUACAAUCGACUCCCAUACGCUACCGGUGGAGCUCCUUGCCUCAUUCGACCUGACCAAGAAUCCGCUCGAGUGCAACUGCGAACUGCAAUGGCUGUGGCGGUACCUCCAGUCAGAUUAUCUCUCGUCCAUGACAAACGGUACCUCGAUGAUCCGUUGCGCCGGGCCAGAACCGCUGCACUCAGAGUUGCUUAUGAAUCUUGACGAAAGUGAUCUGAACUGUGCUGGCGACCCGAAACGCGGCUUGCUUGUCGGCGGAUUAACUAUCUUCUGCGCGAUUUUGCUUGCGGUCGGCGGCGUACUCCUGUGGUACAGACGGCGUUCGCCUCCAAAUCAAAUAACGCAUUCACAGGAUCCUGUUAAGGCGCUGAAGCAGCUCGAGAAUGGCACAGUAUCAGUGUAUGCACAGUACCAGGACAGCCGAUACCCAUAUGUGCUCCAACCAACAAGAAUUCCAACAUUACCAACUCCGAACAUGGGCUACGCCGGACUUACCCCGAAAAGUUAUCCCUCGACGCGAGAGCUCUUUCCGCAAACGAGAAAUUCUGCCGGUAGCAACAUUAACAACAAUCACAUCGGUGUUGUCAUGCCACACAGUCAAGGCAACGUGUGUAUCGACACAUCAAACCACGCCUACCAGACGCUUGGGUCGGCGCUAUCGAGCGGCAGUAGUGAAUGCGAAUCGGCGAAGUACUUCACGCUGGAUGGCCGGGGCGAUCAGCAAUCUAGCCUAUAUGUGUAAAUGGUUAUAUUAUGUACAGAUAUUAUGUAUAGAGAGUUAUAGAAGGGACAGGGAAGCUCGCACUCCAGGUCUAUGCUGUAUUGGUCGAUUUGGCUGUCGGCCAAGGUGGAAAGUGGUAGCGCACACUUUUACUCUUCUAAAUAGAAAAGACAUAUUAUUGUCGUCGGCGUGUUGAGCUUGUGUAAAAACUCUUAAGGGGCUUGUAGCCACUGAUGUCGUGCAUAGCAACAAAAAGCUGACACGGAAUCCAGCGAAUCCCAUGGCUGUUAUUUGAGGGUGCGGACUGUAAAAAACGAUAGGUAACGUUAUUAUGUAAAUAUGCAGAUACAGGAAGCGAUGAGCAAAGAUAAAUUAAAUAAUGGAUUAGAAGAUGCGGAUAGAGCAUCUUGCAGACGUGAUGUCCACACUGUGAUCUCGAGCCGAUCUCGAUAACAAUAAUAGCUUAAGAAAAUAAAAAUAUUUAAGUAAAUGUAUCAAAGUAAAUGCAAAAUAAACAAUUAAAGAGACAAAAAAAACUUAAAGAUAAAGUACUGGAGAGUAAAAAAUUACAAGUGGCGUUUUUUCUCUAUUCGCCUUGACAUCUCUGUGUAUACGUAUCACACAGUUUUAAUAGGAUAUUCGUUUAUUUAAUCACACCUUCUUUUUAGAGCUAUAUACCGUUGCUUUGUUAUGAUGGCUUUUCUCUGCUCCCUUUCCAGUCCAUAUGCAUUGCAUCCAACAUAAACAACUGAUAAUACGAUACGAAAAAAUCAUAGCAAAUGAUUUAAUAUACCGGAACGUACAACAAAAUACGCUUGUUAGUCAGCUAAUAAGAGAUGCAGAUAAUGAGGUAAAACAGCAAACCGAAAUUUACAAAUAAAGUAG